CAAUACUAGUACUAGUAUAAAAUUGUGCAAUAAGGAACAAGAUGAUGAGGCAGUAUUUUGUUGACCACUAACAUAGUCAGCAUUGUAGAUACCACCGUUCGUUCCUUCUUCCUUAUCCACCACAUGUGACCAUUAUUUCUCUUCCACAUGACAAAUUAUUCUCGUUGACUACUACACUCAAUAAAAAAUAAAAUAAUAAAUGGUGUAAAUAAAUAAAAAAUAAAACAAUAAACAAAUGUAACAAACAAAACAAAGAGCAACCUUCAUCAUCAUCCUAUUUACAUUUCACACCCUCUUCAUUCUCAACCAUAAAAAAAAACCAGUAACCACAACCAUUUUCUCGGAUAGAUUCAUUCCAUUUUUUCUUCAUUUUUCUUAUUAUCAUGCUUUUCAAUUGACCAACCACCAACGUUGUUAUUUUCAAUCAUUGUUGAUUGCAAUUUUGUAACAGAGAUUUCCUCGGUUAGGGUUUAUAUUUUUGUUCAUUAUUUUCGCAAUUCUCAGCGAAAUUGUUAUCAAUUUUUGAAAUUUCAAGCCACCCAUAUUAAUUCAUGGCGUCAAGUUUUGAUCGGUGGGAAAAAGAUCCAUUCUUUAACGCUGCCGAAGAAGUUCAGGAAUCUGCAGAUAGGAUGGAAUCGACAUAUAGGACAUGGUUACAUGCCACCAAAGAUAGUUCUAGCAUGUGGAACCCUAAUGAACUCCGAAGAGAUUUACUUACUACCCUUGGUACUGCUAAAUGGCAGUUGGAGGAAUUUGAACGCGAAGUUAAGUCAAGUUAUAGCAAAAACCUAGGUAAUGAUGCAAGAAGAACUAGGCACCAAGAUUUUAUCACAGCUAUUGAUGAAAAGAUAAAAAAAGUUGAGCAUUCGUUAAAUGAAUCGAGUCCUUCGGAUGGCAAGGAAUCUAAGCCAUGGGUGUGUUUGGACGAAGAAGAAAAAGAUGAGCUCGCUUUCUUUCUUUCAGGAAUGCCACUAGCAGCUGAAAGCAACAAUCCAAAAUUAUGUGAUAAGAAUUCAGUUUCACCUGGUGUUGGUGAAGAAAAGGAGGUAUCACGUGGGAUUCGUAGGGUAGCUAGUGCUAGUGCUGAUAUUAGUAGUUGGAAAAUUUCAGUUUCCGAUGAUCCGCAGCAGUUGAGUUCCUCCAGUGGUUCGUCUGGUGCAAUGCAUAAGGUGCCUAGUUUAUCAGGAUUUUUUAGUUCCGUGGAAUCUAUCUCCAAAUUGAAGUGGCCUAAGAAUGGUUAUGGUUAUAGAAAACUGAAAACAGUGGAGCAUCAUAAAGAAACUGAUAGUGCACAAAUUCCAAUGGCUGAAUUGAAUAGAGGCACCAAUGCAUUCUAUGAAAGAAGUAAAAGUAGCCAUGAUAGUUCCGACGAAUGGUAUGACAAGCAACUCUAUGGAUGGUGUGGUGCUAUUCAGAGACAGCUUCAAAGAUCUCAAUACCAAAUACAAUACAGUCGGCUUGCUCGAGUAACAGUUUCAAUUUUUUUUCUCCUUUGCUUGAUUGUUUUAAUUUCAUUUCACACAAUGUAGAAGGAAGAUAUAUCAGCUUGUAGCUGGCUGCAGCAUUAGGAUCAGAAAAGUUUUAUAUUCAAGUUCAUAAAACUUAGGUUAGUUUCCUAUUUCUUAACCUAUGUGAUAACUACUGAAAGUGUACCAUAACAUUUCGCGAAGAGCUCUUUGUUGUAUUUGUACUAGAUAGUAAGGUUAAGUUGAUCAAGGUUCGUUGGCUUAUGAAAUGUUGUAAAGUUGUAUAUAUAUAUCAUACAAUUAUACAUAUCUUUUUUGCAGCUA